AUGUAUAACCUUACAAGUUUUAUCACCAUAUUGACAUGCAUAGGUAUAUUAUUGUAUAUUGCUCGCAAUCUAGUAACAGCCUUAUACAAGUCAAUUUUCACAACUAAGGCUGUUGUUUCUGAUAAGGAGAGAACAUUGUCCUCCAGCACUGCUAAACCUACUACUUCCUUAUAUGGCAAAGGCAAUGAUACAAUCCCAAAACCAACGCCAUUAUUGAUUACCCCCGAAGAUGUGAAGAGCUACGAUGACAGACCAUGGAGGCCAUUUCGGUGGCCAUACCACCAAACAAUGUCUAUUUUCAAAUUGGAUAUUAAUCACUGGCUUGAUAUGGACAAAUAUUACCAACAUUAUAUCGACGAGAAAGAGAGGAUAAGACUCAAAUUUGGCGAUGAAAAUUUUGGUAUGCUACCUGAAGGUCAUGAUGCAUGUAUAGAGUUGAUGGAAACAGUUGUUGAUCACAUGCUUGAAAGAUAUCCUAAAUUGUUCACUGUCAUUAAAAAUGGAGAAUGGGAUACCACUGGUAAAAUCAUUAGAAACGAGGUCACCAAGGAAGUUUUAGACAUGACAAUACCUCUCAAGAAUGAGCCACUAGUUUAUGUAUCCAAAUUGGCAAAAGAGGAUUUUUACGUCGUUUUAAAGAGCUCUAAAGACGGGUUGCAUUAUAUGGUUGCCGGAGCCGUCCCAUUUCCUGGUGGCUCAUUUUUCAUCAAAGACAAGUUGGGUAAAAAUAUAGACACCAUCCAUCAAAAAGUCCCUUAUUAUGAAAAAAGUUUGCAAAAGUCAAUGGAAAGAUGGUUUGGUAGAUUGACAGCCCAAGAUCCUGUAGAAAGGGCUAGUUGGUACAUUACAUGGGACACUAAGUUGAAGGUUAGCAAUAUCUAUCAAGCGGAGAAAUUUUUUCCAAAUAUGAAAAAGGAUCUUGAAGAGACGGCACCACGUCAGUUCAAUGUUCGUGUUGAGAGACAAACUUUGCGUCGUUUACCGAGAACUGAAGCCAUUAUUUUCACCAAUCAUCCCAUUUACUACUCAAUUGAAGAAAUGAAAGAUGAACCAAUGGUCCCAUCACUAUUGAAGAAAAUCAUAUAUGAAGGACCAGAAGAUAUUCUCAAGUACAAAAACUUUGAAAUGGUGCGGGAUAAGUUGACACCGUAUUUGGAUGACUUGAUUCAAAGACAAAAGGAUUUGGGAAUUAUAACUAAUGAAACACCAUUGAAAACCCAACCCAAUUACCCAUUUGCUUAUUGGGUCAAGGAUAACGUGAACAUUUCUGAAACAGAAGGGUGGACAAACCCAAGUCCUGUUUACAAUAAGAGGCAUAUGAAAACUGAGGGGUUCGAUGCAUCAAAGUUGGCUGAUAAUGAAUGA